AUGAGCUUCGUCUAUCGCAUGACCAACGCCGCCCCGAGCGAUUAUGAGACGCCCCCCUUCCCAUCGCUCUAUUGGCCAUUCCCCGUUCGCGGCCACCAGGCUUACUACCUCUAUGAUCCUGGCGAUGUGUGGCGCUUCACCUUGCUGUGGACUCUGAUCUUCUACGGUGCUGUCCAUGUUGCCACCUCAGGCUAUGCCAUUGCUGUCCAGUGGCGCAAUUGGAAAGUCAUCUGGAUCAUUCCCGUUAUUUUCUGUGUGAUAGGCGGUAUUGAAGCCGUCAUAGCUGGCAGUAUUGUUGGAGGGCUACUAGGUGGCGUGUACAGCGCCGGCUACUACAACAUGUCGACGUGGAUUCCUUUCGUCUGGGGUCUGAUUAAUACCUUGGUCCUCAUCCUCUCCUCGUUUGCCAUUCAAGGCGCCCUUUGA